AGUAGAAACGUUUCCCUCCAGAAUAUAGGCGACAGAACUUUUCCUGUCAUACACAUAGAAGGAAAAGUUUUUCUCUUAACUUUGCCAUUGUCCGAAUUUCGAGGGAAAGUUGUCCCUCGCAAUAUAUAUUUACUUGUUUUUCUCUUGUAGUAAUUGGUUUGGUUGUUCUAGUCUCUUCUUCCACCUCCGGUCAGCCGUCAGUCACCUCCAGUUCGGGUGUUUGGCAAAUAGCGAAAAAGAAAGCAAAGAGAAAUGGCACUGUGGUUGGAAACAGGGUCCGACCCGAAAUCCGAGAGCGAAAUUGCUGAUCUUGAAGCUAUCUCCGCCAUUAAAGAGUCUGCUGCUAUUGAACUGAAGGAGCAAGGUAACAAGUAUGUGAAGAUGGGUAAAAAGCAUUACUCUGAUGCUAUUGAUUGUUACACAAGGGCAAUAAAUCAGAAAGCUUUAAGUGACUCUGAAAAUUCAAUUCUUUAUUCAAAUAGAGCCCAUGUAAAUUUAUUGCUAGGAAAUUAUAGACGCGCUCUUAUGGAUGCCGAGGAGGCUAUUAAGUUGAGUGCAGCUAACAUCAAGGCACUAUAUCGAGCUGCAAAAGCAUCUUUGUCUUUGAAUUUGCUGACCGAGGCAAAAACUUAUAUUGAAAAUGGACUAAAGCAAGAUCCAAAUAAUGAAGAGCUAAUAAAACUUUCUAAGCAAAUAAAUUCACUGAAGAUGGAGCAGGAUAAGCAUGAGGCUAAAGUUUCCAAGGCCGUGUCAGAUGCCAAGGACCUUGUUUCGGCAAUUGAAGGUAGAUGCUUGAAGAUGGGGAAGGCUAUGUUUCGAGAACUUACUGGAUUAAGAAAGCCUGUAUUAGAUAAAAGUAACAUGCUACACUGGCCAGUUCUUCUCCUUUAUGCAGAGGUCAUGUCCAGCGACCUUAUUGAAGAUUUCUGUGAGACAGACAUGAUUAUGACCCAUCUUGACAUGAUGUUUUCAGAAACUUGUCCAUCAUUACCAUGGGACUCAGAAAAUAAUUAUACUCGUGAAGCUAUUGAACUCUACUAUGAGGCUGAUUCUGGAAUUUGUUUAUCCAAGUCUAAAAUUCUAUAUUAUCUACUCGAAGGGACUGCAGGUGCUCAUGUAGAAAUUGGUGAUGAAGAGAAGGAUGUGACUUGUAGUACUUCUCAUUGUUACACUGCAGGUGGCAAAGGCUCUUCAAAAUGGGUAAAGUUAGAUGAAAAGAGAAAGCUUUACGAUAUUCUGAGAGAACCUGACUUCAUCAUCUCAGGAAUUCCAGUGUUUUAUGUGGUUUCAAAGAGGUCCAGCUUCUAUAGAAAGUUCAGAGAUGGUAAAUGGGUUCUCCCGUCAUGAGAUAGGCUGUGCUGAUAUGGCAUGCAGUAUUGCUGGUUCUCUCAUGUGACCGAGACAGGAGUCAAGGUGUUCAAUAGCAAGAAUUAUACAUGUAAACCUACCAUUAAGUAAGGGCAGCAUCCCUGUUCAUCCAUGAGGCCGCCUCCAAUCUUGUCAGUAUCUGCGGAAACAAGGGUCAAGCAUUGUUGUUUAGAUUGGAUCUUGUCAGGUUUUACAGCUGUUCCAUGUCAUUUGUGGGGGGGGUGGGGUGGUUGGGGAUCUCAGUUACAGUCUAAACCAAAUUCAUUUGGUCAUUGGUUUUCCCUUUUGCUUGUAUUGUAUUAUUUGACGCUCGACAAAACUUGAAUUGCUCAAUCUUGAUAAGAGGAGACGUGCUGCGAAGACUCAGCUGUCUUUUCCUUCAGUA